CGCAUUACUAGGGCGACGGGUCGGACGCUUCCUCGCUUAGGGAUGAAUUAGCGGCGGGUUCUGGCCUGAGGUUCGCCACCCCCCCAUCCCGGGUCCCAGAGUCCCCAGCCCUGGCACGUGUCCCCCGCCUCCUCGCGAGGCGUCCCCUGCGCGUCACAGGUUCUGAAAGACUUGACUUGGGACUUUCAUCUGGGAAGCUGGCAACAAAAGGCUGAGAUAAUAUGUGUGUUCCGCGGAAAAAUAAACUGAUGCUUCUGAAUCCCUGAGCAAGUAGCAAGGCAGUUUCUGCUGCAGAACAUACCUUGUAAAAGCAGGACUCUCAGGGCCGGGGUCCCACAAAGUUGCCCAGCCUGGACUUGAACUUGCAAUCCCCCAGCCUCAGCCUCCCAGAAUCCUGGGAUUACAGAAUCAUGGUGUCAUGGAAAGGGAUUUACUUUAUACUCAUUCUUUUUUGUGGAAGCUUUUUUGGCAGCAUUUUCAUGCUGGGUCCAUUUUUACCUUUGAUGUUUGUAAAUCCGUCUUGGUAUCGCUGGAUCAACAACCGCCUUGUUGCCACCUGGCUCACGCUUCCUGCGGCAUUGCUAGAGACCAUGUUUGGUGUGAAAGUGAUUAUAACAGGCGAUGCAUUUGUACCUGGAGAAAGGAGUGUCAUUAUCAUGAACCACCGGACGAGAAUGGAUUGGAUGUUUCUGUGGAAUUGUCUGAUGAGAUACAGCUACCUCAGAUUGGAAAAAAUUUGCCUCAAAGCCAGUCUCAAAAGCGUUCCUGGAUUUGGUUGGGCCAUGCAGGCUGCUGCCUAUAUCUUCAUUCAUAGGAAGUGGAAGGAUGACAAGAACCACUUUGAAGACAUGAUUGAUUAUUUUUGUGAUAUUGGUGAACCACUUCAGCUCCUCAUAUUCCCAGAAGGGACUGAUCUCACAGAAAAUAGCAAGGCUAGAAGUAAUGAUUUUGCUGAAAAGAAUGGACUUCAAAAGUAUGAGUAUGUCAUACAUCCAAGAACUACAGGCUUUACUUUUGUGGUAGACCGUUUAAGAGAAGGUAAAAACCUUGAUGCCGUCCACGACAUCACUGUGGCAUAUCCUCACAACAUUCCUCAAACCGAGAAGCACCUCCUCCACGGAAACUUCCCCAAGGAAAUCCACUUUCACGUCCACCGCUAUCCCGUGGCCACCCUCCCCACGUCCAAGGACGACCUGCAGCUCUGGUGCCACAAGCGCUGGGCAGAGAAGGAGGAAAGGCUGCGUUCCUUCUACCAAGGCAAGAAGAACUUCUAUUUCACCGGGCAGAGUGUGAUCCCCCCUUGCAAGUCUGAGUUCAGGGUCCUUGUGGUCAAACUGCUGUCCAUCCUGUACUGGACCCUGUUCAGCCCUGCCAUGUGCCUGCUCAUAUAUUUGUAUAGUCUUGUUCGGUGGUACUUCAUAAUCACCGUUAUAAUCUUUGUGCUACAAGAGAGGAUAUUUGGUGGACUGGAAAUCAUCGAACUUGCAUGUUACCGUUUUUUACAUAAGCAAUCACAUCUAAACUCAAAGAAAAAUGAGUAAGAUGGUAAGGUUCACAAUGUAAAACUUAGGGGAUAUUUUGGAAAUGUUCUACGUCUUUCUAAACUAAGAUGCAUUUUUGCAUGACUAUGUCAAAUAUUUCUUAAUGUAAUUAUUUGUUAAAGAUAUUUUGCACUUAAUUUUGUGGAAAAAAUAUUGCUACAAUUUUUUUUAAACCUCUGAAUGUAAUUUUGAUGCUGCGUAUAUAGCAGGGAUCAAUCGAUGUGAGAUAACUUGGAUCUGAGUGUUAUCAGACUAUUUGUAACAGAGUCCACACUAGUUUGUCCAGAGGCCCAGUCCUCUUUCCUGACUGACCCCCAGACCAGAGGCAGGCUGAACUUCUGAGCGCUGGCCCAGCAGUCUCAGUGUGUGCCUGCCCUGCUCUCCACUGCAGGCAAGUGGGCAUCCUCAGUGAGCACUGCCCGCAUCAUCUGUGCACCAACCAGACGCAUCCCGUCCUUCCUCAAGGCCAGAAAGCAGCACUUGCUGAUCCCCACCUGAUGGGGCAUUUUGACAGAAAGCCCUGCGACUAGUAUCUUGUGCUAACCCAGUUGUCAGGGGACCACCUGUGCCCUCUCCUCUCAUGGAACUCACCCCUGCACAUGUCUCAGGGAGCAACCACAGACUCUCCACUUUGAAACCUUCAUCUGAAUUUUAAAAGAUAGGAAUUAACCGAGUUUAAGUUCUUCACUUAUACUCAGUCUUGCAUGCUUAGUAAUUGGGGUUCCUACAGCUUGUUGGCAGAUGACACUUUUGCUCUUAAAAAUGGUAUACACACAGUCACAUACCUUUUUAAAGGCACACUUAGAAGAACAUUUUGUUAUUGUAAAUGCAGACCGUCUUGUAAAAUAUUUCUUUAAAACCUACCAAAAAAGGAAAGUUGUGUUUUCCACAUAUGCAUGGAGAUCUAGCUUCUGCCAUUAAAAUAACAAAAAUGUUUGCAGACAGCGCAGUAAUGGUAUAUUCUAAAGUAUUCAAGCCUUGUAGCCUUGAUAAAUUUUACUCUUAAAACCAAAAUAGCACAAAAGGAAUUCUUUUCAGUGGUAGCAAGGAGCCUCCAUCCUCCAUCCCCAGACUUCCUCUCUCAAGAGUAACAGUUAACCUACUUCUGACCAGCUCUUUGACUAAAUAUUUUUGUCAUUCACAGUCGCUGGAAAAUUUAGCAAACCAACAGCACCAGUCUCCUCCUCUAGCAAAGAAGCAUACGGUCAUUAUUUCCACCCCACUGGAGCAGCGCCCCCUUGCACCCAUCCCCUUUUCUGGUCUUGUAGUAGGGUUAGUGACCAGGGCUGCUAAAAACACAAGACAGAAGCCUUCAGCUGUUAGCAAACCUGUUAGCGUUACUCCUGCCCUACUGUCAUUUGGGCACGAAUGCCUGCUCUUUAAUGCUUGACAGCCACCGUAAACUCACAGUUGAAUCAUGCAUUGCUGUGAAAGGUAAAUACACGGUGAGCUGUGCUUAGCAGAUUCUUUGAGAAAGCAUUUGUUGGGGCAGAACACUGUUGACACAGGGCUUUUUCUGGGAGAGCAUUAACCAGUGCUUUCUACUGAAAGCACUAACCCAUAUUUAACUACUUCUUCAAAGCUGUUUCAGUCCUGCUGGGAACUACUAAUUAGUUACUGUGCACAUCUGCUCCCAACCCAGCUGUUUAACGUCACGGUUUUUAAAGGUAUUAUUUUUACAAACUUUCUUCCCUCUGCUUUAUGAAAGAGGCUUCUAGUUUAAGUUUCUUUAAGACAUCCUUGGAUUAUUUUAAAUGCAGAUAGUUUUUCAACCAGUAUUGCAUUUUUCCCAGGUGAAAGAAAAAAACUGCUUCCUACCCUAAAGGUAGCGCCCGUCCUUCCGGCAAACCUGCCUGGCUCAUUAGUCUUGCAUUGAAUUGAGUGGCCUCUAGCUCUGCUACCUUUAACAUGAGAAACCUUUUCUUCUUACAAUAGCAGUAAACUUAUUUAAGAUCAACUAUAGAUUUUAUUUUACCUCCCCAAAAUUCAUAAUUAUAAAUAAAACUGGGAAUGUAGACAUUAUACUUGCUUUUAAAAUUACAAAUAAGUUCCUUUUCAGCAGUAAGUCUUACCAAAAAUUAUAAGUUGUAUUUAUAUACACAUUUAGUUACAUGAAAGUCCACUUUUAUUUAAAGUAAGAUGUUAAUGCUUGGAGCUUAGGAUAUGUUAAAUGGAUACUGAAACAUUAAGUAUACAUUAAGGGCACUCUGGUGAUUGUGACUGGCCUCAGGAAUUGCCCUGCCCCACCGUCCAUCCCCGCCACACCUGGGCUCCCAGCAGCAGCGAGUCUGGCUGCAGCCAGCACAUGCUUCCUGCCUGCGGCUCACACCAUCCUCACAGGGCGCUUUGUGCAACUGCCCAGUUUCCCAUUCGGAAAACUUUCAAGGAUAGCAGAUGUAAGCUACUCGUACCAAGAACCAUUGCACUUAAAAUCUAAACCCCCAAGAGCAGUAGUGGUGAGUAACAGUUCUCAGCCCAGACUUCUCUUAGGAAACAGGCCAAAGUGCUUCUAAAAUUCAAAGAACAAUAUAGAAAACUAAAUGUUUCGAAGAGCCUGAUCAUUUCAAUUCCUGAUAAAAUUCUUCUUGUGCUCUCAGAAUGCAGGCCAUCAGGCAGUAAUAGCUUCCAGGUGAGUUGCUCUGAAAUUACUUCCCUAGUGCCAUGUCAGGAAUCAUUUACGGGCAGCCAAGGAGGCAACUCCCAUUCCCGACUCAAGCACCCCAGCGGCAAAGUCCCUGUGUACUCUUACAAUAAAGACUAAUGAAGGGAGCCUGUUGGUGUUAAUUGUUUACAUUUCUUUAUACAAAUAAUGUGCUUUCAGUGCCUUAGUUGUGGGUCCCUUUCUUUUUCCUAUUCUAAGAAUUCUACAAUGUGAUCCCAAGUCUCUGCUACCCACUGGAAGGACCACGGUUCUGGACACUGCGGUUGGUAAACACUUCUCUGUUGUAACAGGGAGAAGACAGCUCAUUGCUGAGCCAGUGGCUCCUGGGAGCUGUUAUCUAUACUGAGGAGACAAAAGUGAUUCUGUUAUACGAUGAACUUCGGAUUCAGUAUGGCCCUAAAGUUGUCUUGGACCUACCUUAAAUUUUUAUUUCAGGAGAAAAUCUUGGUUUAGGUAAUCCAUUUUUUAAACAAUCACUAUGUGGAGAAUACCAAGUUUUAAAAAUAACUCACAGAAUGGCCUUAGUUCUCAGUGUCUACUGCUGUGUAUGUGAGUGAUCUGUAAUUCACAUCCCGAAUAAAUGGCGUGAAUUGAGUUCA